AUGGAGGAGGGCGCCGGAAUGCCCCGCCGCCGUAGCCCGCCCCUGCAUCCCCAGAUCCAAGCGAGAGACGAGGGAGCUGGAGUGGACCGCCGCCGCAACCCCCGCCUCCAUCCUCAAAUCCAGGCGAGUGAGGAGGGCGGCGGAAUAGCCCACCGCAGCAGCCCGCGUCUUCAUCCCCAAAUCCACGCGAGCGAGGAUGGCGCCCGAUCGACCCGCACCUCGCCGGUGGAGUCUGCAUCCCUGCCGGACGACGACGAUAUGCUGCGGGAGAUCCUCCGCCGUCUUCCCCCGCAGCCGUCCUCCCUACCCCGCGCCUCCGCGGUCUGCAAGCGUUGGCGGGGACUCGUCACCGACCCCAAGUUCCACCGCCAGUUCCGCGAUCACCACGGGAAGCCCCCACUUCUCGGCCUAUUCGAGUCGAGCAACAAGGGGAUCGUGUUCAAACCCACCCUGGACGCUCCUGACUGCAUCCCUUCCCAGCGAUUCCACCUUGGACGCUACAGCAGGAUGAGGUUGUUGUGUGCAACCCCAUUACCGGCCACCAGCGCUGCUUGGCUGGGCCACCAGCGCUGCUUGGCUGUUCCGUCGGAGUUAAGGAUGGGCCACCUCGGAGGGGCGGUGCUCUGCGCUGUGGGUGACCAUGGCCACGUCCACGGCGGCUGCCACCGGAACCCCUUCAAGGUGGUGUUGGUGUCCACGGCUAGAAGUGAUAAUCAACCCCUCGCUUGUGUUUUCUCUUCGGAGACUGCCAUAUGGGGCAAUGCCAUCUCAGCAGAGGCUCCACGUCAGUUUAUUGAUACCGGUGUUCCUCCGACACUUAUCGAUGAUUUUCGAAACCGCCGGAUCAUCCAGGCUGAGGAUGGCGCUAUUGGCUUUGCCAUAUUGUCUUAUCCUAGCUUCCAAAUGUGGCAGAGGAAUGUCAAUGGUCAUGGUGUUGCCACAUGGCUGCCUUCGAAGACCAUUGACAUGCAUGCAGUUCUAGGACUCCCUUCUCUAGUGUCGGGAUGGCUGCUGGGGUAUGAUGAGGAUACUGAUGAAUUUUUUGUAUAUGUGGGGACCAAUGUCUAUGGGGUUCAACUUAAGUUGAUGCAGUCCAGGAAACUUCAUGAAUCCAGUUGUCUCAGUCCCCGCUAUCCUUUCAAGAGUUUCUAUACACCAGGUGACGAAGCUGACAUGUUGCACGAUCCAUAG